CCCUGAGUUACCUUGGGCCAUGGUGUUCAUAGCAUCGACAGAAAAACCUAACAAGAACACUAUUUAAAACACUAUUCAGAGUUGAAAAUCUGCCCAAAUUUGCACUUCCUCCCAGCUUGCUCCCUGCUAUCACCACCCAGAUUUAGAGAAACGAAACUGGAAACUAGAAACUACCAGUGGUGCUUCCGGGAGUGCAGCUGCAUAGCCAUGGCCGAAGAGACACCACAGGCUGGUGACCCAGUCCCCUCUGGGGUCUGUCAGGUUACAGAAAAGAUGGAAAAAAGGACAUGUGCCUUCUGCCCUAAAGGCGAAGAAUGGAGUGUGAUGUACUUUGCACCAUCGGAGAAUAUAGCCGCUCAUGAAAAUUGCUUGCUGUAUUCAUCAGCACUGGUGGAAUGUGAAGCUCAUGAUAAUCUUAAUAAAUCUAGAAAUUUUGCUGUGAAAUCGGUAAAGAAAGAGAUCUGGAGAGGAAGAAGAUUGAAAUGCACACAAUGUACUAAAGGAGGAGCCACCGUGGGAUGUGAUUUACCAACCUGUUCCCAGAAUUACCACUUUUCCUGUGCCAAGAAGGUCAACGCAGUUCUACAAGUUGAUGAAGUUGAAGGAACUUACAAAUUAUUUUGCCAAAAACAUGCUCCAGAACUGCCAGGGACCAGUCAAAGUGCUGAGAGCCCAAGCUUGCAGAAAAGGACAGCAAAGAAGAAACGCCUCCCAUCAGGCUCCCCUGAACAGUCACCAAAGAAGUUCAAAAGACGUAUGAGAAAAGAGCCCGGCAGCCACAGAGAUGCAACUGCCAAAGUUCCUUUUCUCAAGAAAUGCAAGGAAGCAGGACUUCUUACUGAAUUAUUUGAAGGGAUACUAGAAAAACUUGAUUCAAUUCAAGGAAAACUCCUGAGUGAGACCGCUUCAGAAUCAGACUAUGAAGAGAUCGAUACUUUACUGUUUGACUCUGGACUGUUUGAAGACACAUUAAUAAAAUUCCAAGAAGGUCUUCAUCAGUCUUUUUAGAAGCAUCUUUUUGGCCACAGUUGUUAUUACAAGAGCAUGCGCCAUCUUCAAGACAAGCACCAUCAUUUGAAACUUGGCUCUUUGAAUAUGAGCAUCAUUAAGAAUUUGGAAUGGGGAAGAAUUAAGACAUUUUCCCCACCUAACAAUAUGCAACUCAGAUCUGUAUGCCUACAUUGCUCCUGACCCUUGACUCCUUCACAUUCAGUUCUGAUUUCCUAUCAUGAUUCUCACGUCCAUAAUAAUGCUAGCUACCAGAACGGGACUGAGCUGUGCCCCCAGUUUGGAAUGAGUGCUCAAACAUGCUUGUUAAAGAAUCAUUCCUGGUGCAAUGCUGGUACCAACGCCAGUCUAAGUCACUUCAUGAAAGGGAACCGGGAAUGACUGCAAUCUGACCACCCAUCAGCAUCAGCUGGGACACUUCUAUGUUAAAGCUUCCUCUCCUGCCUAGAUUCAGCUUUAACCUGUCAAUCACAGUAAGUUAUAUGGCACAGGGGAGCACCACUUAAUUGGGUUCACAAUGCUGGCAAAUAUUGGGCAAACUGACCAAAUACGCCUGCUCUUUUAUUAGUGAAAAAUGAACGAAAUAAUCAUACCCACCAUUUCUAUAUAAGGAAAUGUCUGGAAGCCCAGGGUCUAUUAGAUGGCACCGUGGGAAGUAAACAUUCCCUUAUUCAAUGCUGCAUUUUGUAGACCUAGGGGAAGGCUCAUCAACACCCAUGUUUAGCUGACUGUUUUAUAGAUGAGCUAAAAACAAGUUGAUGGUUUUUCCCUAUUCUACACAAACCAUCUACAGAAUAAUUGUUUGUUGGGUCAACUCCAUUUGGUUCCAUUAUUUCAAAGCAAACAAACAAACAAACAAACAAACAACAAACUGGUGAGAUGGUUUAGCACUUGCCACCAAGCUUGAU